UCUAGUUAAGUAGGUCGACCCCAUUUAAGCCUCGGUCGGGGUUAGCUGUUCUUCUGAGAGGACACUUCUUUCAGGCUCCAGGAGGUCUGAUCUGCCACUUUGUUGGCUACGAAAUCUCGGAAACCUGCCCAUUUACUUUGCCAGUCCGACAGUAUCAGGGUACCUACUGCCCAAGACACUCCCAGGAUCAGUAAAUAACAGGCGGUAGUACACAAUGGAAGCAGUUUGGAUGCUGAUAAAUGAGGUUUGCCUCCAGCGUCUACUGCUGUCACUACUACUAAGCACCAUGUUGUUUACUUCAGUAUCAAAUGUUUCUACCUCCACAGCUGCUACGGAGCUCUUAUUUGGUGCCCCAACAACUUCAACUAGAACACUUGGUGGUAUAAGAUUGGAAUUUGGAUUAAAAUUCUCUGGAGCAGGCGAAGCAGCUUCUACAACAUGUACUACAACUUCCACAACUACUACCACUACUGUUACCACCAGCACCACUACCACAAUUACCAGUGACUUUAGUCUGAAUCUAAGAUCAGCAUCAACUGGGAUUAAUAACACUGAUUUAGUCGGUGUUUCUUCUGUGCCUCUUACUUCGACGGUUAAUUCAUUAGUAACUCCUGUGAUGACUUCUAGUCAGCUGGAUCGUCUGAUAAACAAGUGGAGCCUUCAGGUAGAAGAUCGAGAAAAACUCUUUUUAUACCAGGCCACCCAGGUCAAUGAUUGGGAUGAUACACUGAUUGAGAAUAGUGAAAAGACUACUGCUUUACGUAAAGGAGUGGAAAAAGUGAAACUAGAUCAAAAAAGGUUAGAAAAAGAACUAAGUUUUAUCUUGUCUCAGAAGAAAGAACUAGAAGAUCGACUGACUCCUGCAGAGGAGUCUGUGAAGGACAAAAGUGAGCCUGUUUAUCUGUGGCAUACAGAUGAGAAGCAUGAGAGGAGGAGCUGCCUGGUUUUGCCACCUUUACCCACUGGAUCCAUGGUGGCACUGAAAUUGGAGGUCGGUGAGCCCAAUGAAGAAUAGAGCCACUGUGGAGACCUGCAUUAACCCAUGGCAUGAUACAAAAGAUGGUAGAAGAGGUAAUAGUUUUUGAAGAUUGUCAUCUCAAGGAGCAGCAACACAAUAUGAAGAUUUCCUUUGAUUAAAUGAGUAUAUCUUUAGCAUACGUUAUUUUGGGAUUAUUCAUUAUCUGUAUAUUCUGAUGGUUUUAAAUAGAAUAGUAUUUACAGUUACUACUUAAUCUUUGGUUGAAAUAAAGUGUGCAUGCAUUUUUCCAUUUAAAUACUGUGCUGUUGCGAAUUAUACUGCAGUGUUGCUUUUGAAAUGAAAUAAAAGCUACUACUAGUCCCUUUGUCCCAGCAGCAAUCUAUUGAGUGUCUGCUCUAUGUGUAAUAUAUAUUUUACCCAUCUGGAUUUCACAUCCUGUCACCAAUUCACAUAUUCUUUCUCACUCCAAAUGAAUUGUGGAGAGAUGUUUGCCAAAAAGUACAUGACUUAUACAUUUAUUUAGUUUUUUGUCUUUUUCCUUUUUAUCGGUACCAGGGAUCAAACCCACGACUGCUUGCUGCAAGGCAGGAGCUUAUGCCGUUGAGCUAAAUCCCCAGCCCAAAAAGUACAUGGCAACCUAUAUUUACUGUAUGCUUGUUAGAUUCAAUGUAAAAUACUAGAUAUGGUGAAGUCUCUACCUUCAGUGACACUUUCUGUCUAGUUGGAGAUAUAAUUAAUUCUUAUCUGUAUAAAAUGAUAUAAAAAUACAAGGAAAUAUGUUAUGAGUUAUAUAAGGUAUGUUAUAGAGGAGUGAUCAGCAUGAGUUUAGAAUUUGAACUAGGUUUUUUAUUUGGUUUGGUUUAGUUUGGUUUGGUUUUUGACAAUGAGGGUCAUACCCAGGGACUCACACAUGAUGGACAAACACCCUACCCCUGGCCCAGAAUUAGGUUGCUUUAAAAAGAAUAGGAUUCAGUAAAUUCCUGUAUUUUUUAUUGUAAGAGAUCUAGUGGUGUUUGUUUGUUUAUUUGUUUUAUUGUAUGAUGUAUGAGUUUUGUUGACUUUCAUGUAUUAGCUUAUUUGUUUGUCAAGAAAAUACCUUGUUCUUGGUCAAGUUUUAGAGCAUUUUAAUGUCUUGUGUUCCACAUAAGUGAUCAAUAGAACUAAUGUUUAAAAAAUAAAACUAUAAUGUCAAAUAAACUUCUUAAAAUUUUUUAACUCA